AUGACAGAUUUUAAAGAUACUCUUGCUAAAUUAACAUCUGCUCUCAGUUUCCAAGAGAAAGGUAAGUUUCCAUCUCAAACACAACAAAAUCCCAAGGGGCAAUACAAUGCAAAUGCAAGUAGUUCCGGAAGCCAACACAUGGAUCAAGUCAAAUCAGUCACUACUCUGCGUAGUGGUAAGGUUAUUGAAAAACCCUCUAUUAAACCUUAUGAGAAAGAUGAUGAGUCAAUCUCUGAGGGUAAGGAAGGGGUUGAAUCUGAAAAUUGCAAAGAAACGACUGAUUCACCGCCAGCACUUCCAUUUCCUCAAGCCAUGACCAAACAAAGGAAAGUCAAUCACAACUCUGAAAUUUUUGAAAUUUUCAAACAGGUAAGGAUCAAUAUACCUUUGCUGGAUGCUAUUAAACAGGUUCCUUCCUAUGCUAAAUUUUUGAAAGAUCUAUGCAUUGUGAAGAGAAAACUGAAUGUGAAAAAGAAAGCCUUUCUAGCCGAACAAGUAAGUGCUAUUCUUCAGAACAAUAAUGCUUUGAAAUAUAAAGACCCUGGUUGUCCUACAAUUUCUUGCUUUAUUGGAGAACAAAAAAUUGAAAGAGCCUUACUUGAUCUUGGAGCUAGUGUGAAUUUACUUCCAUAUUCAGUUUUUCAGAGUCUCAAUCUAGGUGAGUUAAAACCAACUUCUAUAUCUCUUUUACUUGCCGAUAGAUCUGUAAAAGUGCCUAGAGGAAUAAUUGAAGAUGUGUUAGUACAAGUUGAUAAAUUCAUUUAUCCUGUGGAUUUUAUUGUCUUGGACACAAAACCUGUUGAAGCAUGUAAUUCAUUUCCUAUUAAUUUAGGACAUUCGUUUCUUGCAACCUCUAACGCAUUGAUUAAUUAUAGGAAUGGACUGAUGAAGCUAUCAUUUCGAAACAUGACAUUGGAGAUGAAUAUUUUCAACAUUUGCAAGCAACCUAGAGAUGAUAAUGAUUUACAAGAAGUAGAUCAUAUUGACGAAUUAGUUUAUGAUCAACUUGAAUCUACUUUAAGUAAAAAUGAGUUAGAUGAAUCUGAAGAUUUGCAAAUGAUUUAUUCCAAGAAAGUUUUUUUUUAUAAUUCUCAACUCUAUUCAUUCCCUAGAGAGCUAAGAUCAAGAUGGAACAAUCCUUAUGGGGCCUAUGAUAUUGAGAAUUCAAUGAAUGACAAUGUUUUUAAGAAUGCGAUUACAAAAAUUUACCGUGCUAGAUGUGCAAGAUUGAGAUUGUUAAUGAAUCAUGGAAUUCCUGAAGAUAUUCGCUGGUUGAUUAAAGCGAAGGAUCGAUUAUCAUGUGAGUCCUCUAACUCCUUCAUUUCACACAUGUCUAGAACAGGUAAAAGCACUUUUGUAAAGAAACAUCGUGCAAAACGACUGAAAGUAUGUCAUCGAUGUGCUAGAUGGACUUGUAAUACACAAUGUCGUUCUUUAGGAAUGGUAUCUAUAAACCGUGAAGAUAAAAUACAAUUCAUUAAGGAUGGCCUGAGUAAGGAGUCUUUAGAUAAUCUUCUAUUGACUCUUGAGACGCAUCCUAGUGGAGAUGUGCAUCGUGCAAUUCAUGAUUUAUGGCCCCAUUUUCAUAAAGAACAUGAUCGACUUAGUCUUGGGAAUCUGACUAAAAAAUACCCUGUUUACCAGUUUUUAAGAAAACUGGAUGGGAAGCCUAUCCCCGACCCAUAG